GGAGACGCCGAGUGGGCGGUGCAGGCGUUCGGAUGGAGUGUGCCGGUGGUCGCGGCAAGCGGAGCUGGUAUUGUGUUUGGCAGUGUCGUCGUCCCGAAGCCUCUCUACUCCCGGCCGUUGGUGGAGAAGGAUCCCGAUAUGAAGAUCUGGUGUGCAGUGGGCAUUUAACUGCCACCACGCACGCCGACCGCCGAUGCGACCGAACCGGGCGCCGAUGCCCUGCGCGAACAGGCGUACGCAGCCGCCUCGUCCGUCAUCUGGAUCUGCAGUUCCACCCACUCCAGUGCUCCAGUGGCAAGGUGACCGUCAUGGACGCCAACCGAGAGCUUCCCCGUCUGUUCAUCGCAUCUACUGUGCAUGGGUUACGUUCCAGGCAUUCAUGACGACGUGGAGAUCCCGGUGCCGGUGGAGAAGCCGGAGGCCAGUCCGAGAAGAAGGCCAUCGAACAUCCGCUAAUGAGCACCGGCGGACGGG